CUGGCGAAUUCGGCUGCUGGUUAUUUGGUCACGUGUUAGCAUGUGAUAUGAAUUUUGGCGCCUAAAUACGGUGAGUCGAUUACCAAAAUUGCUAUCUUGUUCUCACACAGACCUCCGAUCGCAAAACCCUAACUCUCGAUCGGAUGCGGCAGUUUCAGAUGAACAAGCAGUCAUGGCGGAAGCGGUCGAUGUCUGCGGCGGACAUCACCGGCGAUCUCCCUAUCUACAAUCCGGCUUCCGCCGUUGGCCGCAGAGAGAGCUCCACGUCAGCAAUGAAGUACAAACUGAUUCAUCUCAUUCCUCUUGUCGUCAUGCUGUGCUUCUUCAUCCUCUGGUGCUUCAGUUCUCCCGUGGAUUUGGAAACCAAGGAUGGGAGAACCACAUUUGUCCCAAGAAGCAAGAGCAAGAAGCCACCGCAAAGCAGUGAAGCAGGAGAUCUUGAUCUAACGGUAUUGGCAUUAGAAAGUCCACCAGAUGGUUUCUUGUCGGUUUCUGAUGGUCCGUAUGCCUCAGUAACUCUUCUUAAUCAGCCUAAUGUGUCAUUGAUGGAUUCUCAUGAUCACAGUGCCUCGUCAACAGACUCUCAUGUGCAAAAUACCUCACUAUCAGAUUCUCAUGAGCUAAAAACCCCAUUCGCAAUUUCCCAUGAGCCCAGUGCCCCAUUCUCGGAUAUUCAUGAUUCCACUGAGUCGACCGUUGAUUUUCAUGAGCUAAAUGCAUCAUUCUCAGCUUCCCAUGAUGCGAAACUCUUGUUCCUGGUUUCUGAUGAGCCAAGACCCUCGUAUGAAGUCAAAAGCAACAAACCUGCACAACAGGCUAGUGGAGAAGGCUGAUAAGGUAAGUAUCUUCCUCUAGUUUUCCCAUAAGUGUUGUAUGGGAAACCGUUAACUGCUAGACUCUUUCGAUAUGAUUCAUUUUCUGCUAUAACUAGACUAAAGUUGGAGUAUACAGAGAAGAAGAUAUAGUAGACAAGUUCAUUCUGUUAUACCUUAAAAGUGAAUGAUAUAAUCAGUCGUAUAUUGGCUGCCAAAGCAAAAUUUGUAAUCAUAGGUACAAUACAAGGUUUGAUCUAGAAUUUACACAUAAGAUGUAUACCAAAGGAAAAUGAGAAAACUGCUAAUAUUUUGUUACAAUGAUUGCUACAAUUUUGUUACACUGAUUA